AUGCAGCUGUCUAGACACUUCGACUUGGUUUUGGGAGUUGACAAAGACAUUUUGAAGUUGGCCAUUUGCCGCAACAACACCCAAGUAGCAGCAGCAGCAGCAGCAGCAGCAGCAGCUCCCGUCGUGCUGCUGCACCAAAAGCUGCAGCAACUCGCUCGCUUCCGAGGCGGCUGGAGUGUCAGGGACCGCUGCGCUGCUGCUACUGCUGCUGCUGACGGCGCUGCUGCUGCCUCUUCGGCGCAGCAGCUGCAGCAGCAGCAGCAGCUGCUGCUGCAGCAGCAGCAAAGGCUUACACUGGGGGCCCUGCUGCGUUAUCAAGAGGCCCUCAACAGUGCCUUUGAAGGACAAGCAAAAUGUGGGGACUGGAGAAGUUCCCCCAAAUUGGACUUUGCUGCAGCUGCAGCAAUUGGUGAAACGGGGGGCGCUGCUGCAGCAGCAGCAACAGCAGCAGCGCCUGAAACCGCUGCUGCUGCUGCUGUUGCUGCUGGUGGGGGGGGGGGCGAGGAAGACAGGCUUUGUUUGUGUGUCCCCUUCACCGAGCUUCCCUGCCGCUUUUGCUGCGACCCUGCUGCUGCAGCUGCAGCAGCAGCAAGCCGACGCACGAGAAACCAGCAGCAGCAGCAGCAGCAACAACAGCAGCAGCAGCAGCAGGUUGCCUCCCGGGCCUCUCAGCGUUUCGAUGGAGCUAAAGGGAAGCCAGGAGACAGGGGCCCCUUGAGAGGCCCCUCUGGGGGCCCCUUGGGGGGGCCCCCGGGAGGCCCCCUGGGGGCCCCCCAGGGGGGCCCCCUGGGGGCCCCCCUGGGGCCCCCCCAGGGGGCCCCCCUGGGGGGCCCCUCAGGCGUGGCGCCCAACGUUUCUCUCUUUCUCCCGCGCUCAACGGACUUGCACGAAAUCUUCGUGCUGGCAGCUUUGCUGCAGUUCCCUCUCGUCGAAGUCGAGGCCCUUUACUUGUGGCCCACCCGCCAGGGGCGGCCUUUGAGGGGCCCCUGCGAGGCCCCGGGGGCCCUUGGGGCCCCCGGGGGCCCCGGGGCCUCGGGGGCCCCCGGGGGGCCCCCCGUGUCCCCCGGUGUACCCGAAGGUGGGCCCCAGAGGUGUCUUAGUAGAGGUUCAGAGGUCUUCUGA